AUGUAAUAAAAUAAGUUAUUGCAGACCAUUUAGAAUAUAUAUAAUCUGAAGAAUCCUCUUUUUCGAGAAAAAAUAAUCACGCUUUGUUUGGUUUAUGUCACUGAAAAUAAAUCAGAAUACCCAGUCAAAGUACUUCUUGAGUAGUUACCAUUUCAUUUUGAUGAACUGCUUUAUGAUUACAUCAAGAACUUGAAAUCAGAUGAUCCCUUCUUAUUAUCUAAGGCUUUCGAUUUAUUGACGCAUAAAACCAUGUCAAUCAUAUUAGAUAGAAAUACAUACAUUAAAUACGAAAUACAGUUGCUGAAAUAUAUUGCAUAACAAUAUAAGGUUAAACAAAACUAUCAUGUGGCUGUUAAAACUAUUAAAUACGUUUUAGAAUUAGAAUACAAAUUAGAACCCAGAGAUCCUAUUAGUAUUGUCUCUAGUAGAAUGAGUUUAGUGACUAUAUUGUCCACCUCUGAACAACACACAUAAGCUCUCAAUGAAUUAAAUUCCAUAUAGCACUUCAUUAAUCAAAUUCAAGAUUAAAAGCCACUCCUCAAACUGAUUUGUAUAAUGUACUAUAAUUAUGGAGUUGAGUGGGAGCAUUUAGGAUAAUUAUUUUAAUCUCAAAUCAAUCUCUCCUAAGCACUUGAAAUUGCUAAGACUAAUAAAUUCGAUGAACUCCUACGCGUUAUAGAUUAAGCUAUAUAAAACAUAAAGAAAUCUAAAUGA